AUGUAUCCAAUGGAACCUGAAUGCCGAUAUCGUUGUUUGAACAGCACAUUGUAUGUUAGUUUGUUUCAACUAUAUGACUGUAAUACAGACUGUCCUAAUGAAGACGAUGACAAUAUGAUGUGCCCAUGGAUCAAUGAUCAUUACUACUGUUAUGGAACGAUGGAUAAACGUGCACCUUAUCUAUGUCAAAACGACGCUAUGACUGUACCAGUUUCUCCUCGAUGCCAUGGUCAGUAUGGUUGCGACCAUGGUGAAGAUGAACGCUACUGUGAUUUGAUCGAUGUGAUCGACAAAGACGACUUGAGGUAUUUUACCACGACACGUUUUAAUGAACAUGUAGCAGAAGGUGGCGGCAACAUUAUAGCAAUUAUAACAUAA